UGGAAAGGGAAGGCGGUCAGUGAGGACUGCUUCAAGGUGCAUUUCUCAUGGUCGACGAUUUCUGACAAAUAUCUGAGAAAAGUACAGUGCGAUCAGUCCAAUAAUAUACCUCGAUGAAAGACCAUUAAGAUUGAAUUUGCUUGGUAAUGGGGAGUCUUGGGCUGACCCACUGCUCCGCCACUCCGCUUCAAAAGGCUCAUUGGGCUGGGUUUCUUAAAGAUGUCACAUUGGCCAACCUAUGAGCUGAGAUGCCGCCGCGAAGAUCCCAUACAAAGUCACGCACCGGCUGUCUACAGUGCAAAAGAAGACGAGUAAAGUGUGAUGAGCGAGGCCCCCCGUGUGGUAACUGCAUCACCCGAGAGUUGCAAUGCGCCUAUUCCAGCGCCCCCGCCAUACGUCGCGUAUCCGAUUCAUUGUCACGGAGCCCUAGUUCUCCGCAGCUUUCCAUAACCACAAAUGGCAUACCCGCUCUACCAUCAACAGUCCCCACCCAUCAUGAUCUACGAUCAUUAGAACUCAUGCACAAGUUCUCAACCGAAACUUACCACAGCCUCUCUAGCCGCCCCUCAUAUGACCAUGCCUGGCAAAUCAUCAUGCCUCGAAAGGCCCUCGACCAUGAUUUUCUGCUCGACGGCAUCCUAUCAAUCGCAUCACUGCAUACAGCUGCUACAAAAGGGCCAACGCAAGCGCGCCCAUACAUUGACACCGCACUAGAAUACCAGAACCGAGCCCUGACACCAUUCCGCCACGCUCUCAACAACAUCACCCCAGCCAACUGCGACGUUAUCUACGCCUAUUCCGUGAUCACUAUAGCCAGCGGCAUAGUAUUACCCCAGCUUACUGCUGAAAACGACGGAAAUCCGAAUACGAUUGAGAACAUCCUCCAUGUCUUCGUAUUGUUGCAGGGUACCACCGAAAUCUUAAAGACGAACCGUGCAUGGCUUGCACAGAGCUCAUUCCCGCCGGUUGGAGACUACUGGGAAGGAGCAGCUCGGAGCCUUGACCGGGAGACGGAAGAGGCCUUUGAACGUCUAACUGCGAUGAACCGGCAGAAGAAUAGCACAUUCCCCGAGGCAUACUGCAUCACGGAGGAGGCUGUAGCCCUGCUGAGACGCUGCUUUUGUCGGUACAGCACUAUGAAAGAUCCCGGCUCGGUCAUCACGUGGCUAGCUGUCGUGAACAGGCGGUUCGUUGAUACGCUGCGGGGCCUGGAGCCUCUUUCGUUGCUUAUCUUGGGACAUUGGGGGGUCUUGCUCGCGAAGCUAGAUGGAAAAGUAUGGUGGGCGUUUAAAUCAGGGAGGGCCUUGGUAGUUGAUACAUUGCAGGUCUGUGGUACUGAUGAUGUUGAGUUUCGGGAUGCUUGGGCAUGGCCGAAACAGCAGUUGGGGUUAUAG